UCUCUCUCUCUCUCUCUCUCUCUCUCUCUCUGUCUCAGAGAAUUCGACCCACUGAACAGUGAGCACCGAUGACUUCCAUGGCUACUCGGAUCUCUCACUGAAGCCUUUAUAGAUUCCCCGUGCUGAGCUUCUCAUCCGUACCUACCAUGUCGGCCUUGUCGAGAGGCCUCAUUUCUCGCAUCCGGAUGCUCUCAAUGAGCUCCAAGACGACGCCGUCGUCCUACCCGACGCUGCCACCGUUCUCCGACUACUUGCUCAGGAGGUUCAGCGCAGUGCCCGCCAUAGAUGAGAGCGAGCUCGGGACCAGGGUCAUAGAGGCGACGCCGCGUGUGAUGACCCCGAACUCGAAGCGCACCGGUCUUAUUGCCGUCAAGUGUGGGAUGACCGCUCUGUGGGAUAAGUGGGGCGCUAGGAUUCCGAUAUCCAUACUCUGGGUCGACGACAACAUUGUCUCGCAAGUCAAGACCGUCGAGAAGGAAGGAAUCUUCGCUCUGCAGAUUGGUUGUGGGCAGAAGAAGGAGAAACAUUUGACUAAACCCGAAGUUGGUCAUUUUAGAGCUCAAGGAGUUCCGAUGAAGAGGAAACUAAAGGAGUUUCCUGUGACGGAGGACGCACUCAUUCCCGUCGGCAUGUCGCUCGGUGUGCGACAUUUUGUUCCUGGACAGUACGUGGAUGUCACGGGAAUAACGAGAGGGAAAGGAUUUCAGGGCGUGAUGAAAAGAUGGGGAUUUAAAGGACAAUCAGCAUCACAUGGUACAUCGGUAACGCAUCGACAUCGUGGUUCUACUGGGGCUCAGGGUCAGGGGAAGGUAAUCAAAGGGCUGAAGAUGGCCGGUCGAAUGGGAGGAAAGCAGCGAACUGUUAAAAACGUAUGGGUCUAUAAGAUCGAUCCUGCAAGGAACUUGAUGUGGGUGAAAGGCCAAGUUCCCGGGGCAGAAGGAAACUUUGUUUUCAUAAAAGAUGCUGUUUACAAGAAACCGGAUUUCUCUCUGCUUCCAUUCCCGACAUACUUCGCUGCUGAAGAUGAAGAUGAAGUGGACAUAAAACCAAUAGUCGCUGAUCUUGGAGAUGUAGAUCCGUUUAUGUUGGCAGAAUAAUCUCUGACUUGAAUUCCAUGCCAUGCCCUUUUAAGUGAUGGGCUCGUAUUUUUGUCAGCGUAGACACCCGUAGAUGAAGCCCCGCUGAGUUAGGUUCCAAACAUAGAGUGUGUGCUGGGUGUUGUGAUUGUAGAAUCAAUGGCGUCUUUCACUUCUCUGUUGCUCGAGAACUGCAGCUUUCGGAAAUGUAAUUUUGUGGGCUGAGAUGAUUAGGUUCCUGGAUUUUGAGUCACAUUUGAUUCAGUUUGAUUCGAAAUAAAAGUACAAAAAAAGAAACAUACACAGGGCUUGUGUUGUGUUCGGUACU